AUGGUCAAGACAUAUGCAGAACGUGCUGAAAUUUUUCAAAACGAAACAGCAAGGAAACUUUUCCAAUGUAUUGAACGUAAGAAGAGCAACCUCUGCGUUGCUGUUGACGUGACAAGAAAAACAGAGUUACUUGAUAUCGUUGAUAAAGUAGGACCAUACAUUUGUCUAUUGAAAACACACGUAGAUGUUAUUGAGGAUUUUGACGAAGACUUAAUAGUAAAAUUACGUGCACUAUCAGAAAGUCAUGAUUUUAUGAUUUUUGAAGACAGAAAGUUUGCCGAUAUUGGAAACACAGUCGCUCUACAGUAUUCGUCAGGCAUUUACAAAAUAUCAUCAUGGGCACAUAUUACCAACGCUCACACAAUUCCAGGCGAAGGAAUCAUAACAGGACUCGCACAGAUUGGAAAGCCACUGGGCCGAGGUUUAUUACUGCUUGCUGAAAUGUCAUCGGCUGGAUCACUUGCUACCGGCUCUUACACAGACGCUACGGUUGCAAUGGCUCGUAAACAUAAGGAUUUCGUCAUUGGAUUCAUUGCGGGGAGAAAGUUGACGGGGGAUGACGAGGAUUUCAUAGUCAUGAGUCCAGGAGUUGGGUUGGAUGUUAGUGGAGACGCAUUGGGCCAGAGAUAUCGUACUCCGGAAGACGUUAUUGUCAGCAGCGGCAGCGACAUCAUCAUCGUUGGAAGAGGGAUAUAUGGCAAUGGAAGAGAUGUUGUUAAAGAGGCUAAGAGAUAUAGAGAUGCUGGAUGGGAAGCGUACUUGACGAGGUUAGGGCUACUAAAGGACGAUUGA